CUCUCUCUCUCUCUCUCUCGCUCUUCCGCUUUUCUCUGUCUAGAGAGAGAAAGCGUCGUCGUCGCCGCCACCUCCUUUACUUUCUCUCUCUACUCUCUCUCCACCGAUCUAGGGUUUCUUGUGCUCUUCGUCCCCUCCCGAGAUCCUCCUUCUCCUCCUCCUCCGCGUCGAUCGCAGGAGAAGAGGCAAAGUUCGAAAUAAAUGGAAAUGGUGCUAAGCGCCGAGGAUGCCAAGGAUUGGGUAUACAAAGGAGAAGGAGCUGCUAAUCUCAUCCUCGCAUACCGUGGUUCUUCACCUGCCCUUCUUGGAAAAGUAUUACGGAUUCAAAAGGUCCCAAAAGACGGAGCACAACCUACAAAUACGAGUGUUCUCUUAUCGAGGCAUGAACAGCUUCUGUGGGGAGAUGUGAUUGAACUUCUAGAAUCAUUGUCAAAAGAUAACUUGGGGCAAGUUUUUGCCAUGCAUGUGAUGAGUCGUUUUUUAGGCGCAAAGCAUAUAGAUAGUGGGAUUCGUGUACUAGUGUCUAAGGGCUUCUUGCAAUCUGUGGAAAUAAAUGUCCAGAGCCACCGUCCUAUUUCGCGAGUCAAUGCUGCCAAAAUUGAUACCCUCAGUGAUUCUGCACUCCUGAUUUCCGACCAUUCAAUAUUUGCUGGUACCCCUAGAGAGGGCACCUCCAUAGCAGUAGAAAUAAAGCCUAAGUGUGGAUUUCUCCCCUCCUCAGAAUACAUAGCCAAGGCGAAUUCUAUCAAGAAACAUGUAACCCGGUAUAAGAUGCAUCAACUCUUGAAACUUCAACAUGGAGAGAUUUUGAAGGCAAGUGAAUGCGACCCACUCGAUCUAUUCUCUCAGUCAAAAGACAGAAUACGCCGUGCCAUCAAGGCGUUAUUCGCAGCUCCACAAAACAAUCUACGUGUUUUCUUAAACGGCUCUCUCAUAUUUGGAGGAAUGGGAGGUGCUGAGGACAAAGUUCACUCCCGCGAAGCCAGCAGGAACUUCGAAGAUCUUCUCGAGCUCAGCGGCGUACAGCUAUCCACCUUUAUCGAGCUUGUUGGAGAAGCACUUCAUAAAUCCGGUGUACUCGAUCCUCUUCUAGCCACCCAGAAACUGGAUGUUCUUGAUAUCGAGGGAGCAAUUCACGCAUAUUAUGAUGUUAUUUCUCAGCCGUGCCUCGUUUGCGAAAACACCACCGAUGCUGAGCUCUUGAAUCAUUAUUCGCAACUGCAUUCACUUCCGAUGGAGCAGAGUCUGAAAAUUGUUCGGGAUUAUUUGAUUUCUGCUACCGCGAAGGAUUGUAGCUUGAUGAUUAGCUUUAGACCGAGAGAGAAUGGUGUUGUAGCUUCCGAUUGUAGUUCGAUAUUUCUUAAAUCAUCCAACCAAGUUUUUGAUUACAAGGUGUAUUUCAUCGACUUGGAUAUGAAACCUCUAGAGAAGAUGGUAUACUACUACGAGUUGGAUCAAAAGAUAGUAGAUCUCUAUACGAGGGCCGAGGAGAUCCAACGAAGUUCGGCGCAAUCGUGGCCGAUGAACAACGGAGAUAAUUGCGACAGGAAAAUGCAAUGCCAAAGUUGAGAACGGCAUCGAAAAAUUGUUCUUUUGUUGUAUUCUAGACGAACCAAACAACCCAAAAAUGUCGGUGAUCAACAUUUUUACAACGAAUUUUCUUCUGAGGAUAUCAAACUACAGGACUAAUCUCUCUUAGGUGAAAGAUUAGGGACUAAACUGUAAUUUGUCGAAAGCUCAGGGCCACAACCUGCUCAACUAUUAUACUUGUGUAAUACUAUAUAUUAUACUUCACUGUAUCAAUAUUGUCGACACAACACUUCAUGUUUUAAUCUCAUUCGGUAUAUUGCGUAGUUAUUUUGA